GGAGCCGCAGGCGCGCCGGGAGGGACGGGCGGCGGCAUGGGCCGGGGGCCCUGGGAUGCGGGCCCGUCUCGCCGCCUGCUGCCGCUGUUGCUGCUGCUCGGCCUGGCCCGCGGCGCUGCGGGAGCGCCGGGCGCCGACGGGUUAGAUGUCUGUGCCACUUGCCAUGAACAUGCCACAUGCCAGCAAAGAGAAGGGAAGAAGAUCUGUAUUUGCAACUAUGGAUUUGUAGGGAACGGGAGGACUCAGUGUGUUGAUAAAAAUGAGUGCCAGUUUGGAGCCACUGUUGUCUGUGGGAACCACACGUCUUGCCACAACACCCCCGGGGGCUUCUAUUGCAUUUGCCUGGAAGGAUAUCGAGCCACAAACAACAACAAGACAUUCAUUCCCAACGAUGGCACCUUUUGUACAGACAUAGAUGAGUGUGAAGUUUCUGGCCUGUGCAGGCAUGGAGGGCGAUGCGUGAACACUCGUGGGAGCUUUGAAUGCUACUGUAUGGAUGGAUACUUGCCAAGGAAUGGACCCGAGCCUUUCCACCCGACCACCGAUGCCACAUCAUGCACAGAAAUAGACUGUGGUACCCCUCCUGAGGUUCCAGAUGGCUAUAUCAUAGGAAAUUAUACGUCUAGGCUGGGCAGCCAGGUUCGUUAUGCUUGCAGAGAAGGAUUUUUCAGUGUUCCAGAAGAUACAGUUUCAAGCUGCACAGCCCUGGGCACAUGGGAGUCCCCAAAAUUACAUUGCCAAGAGAUCAACUGUGGCAACCCUCCAGAAAUGCGGCACGCCAUCUUGGUAGGAAAUCACAGCUCCAGGCUGAGCGGUGUGGCUCGCUAUGUCUGUCAAGAGGGCUUUGAGAGCCCUGGAGGAAAGAUCACUUCUGUUUGCACAGAGAAAGGCACCUGGAGAAAAAGUACUUUAACAUGCACAGAAAUUCUGACAAAGAUUAAUGAUGUAUCAGUGUUUAAUGAUACCUGUGUGAGAUGGCAAAUAAACUCAGGAAGAAUAAACCCCAAGAUCUCAUAUGUGAUAUCCAUUAAAGGACAACGGUUGGACCCUAUGGAAUCAGUUCAUGAGGAGACAGUCAACUUGACCACAGACAGCAGGACCCCAGAAGUGUGCCUAUCCCUGUACCCAGGCACCAACUACACCGUGAACAUCUCCACAGCACCUCCCAGGCGCUCGGUGCCAGCCGUCAUCGGUUUCCAGACAGUUGAAGAUGAUCUCUUAGAAGAUGAUGGAAGGUUCAAUAUUUCAAUAUUUAAUGAAACUUGUUUGAAAUUGAACAGGCAUUCUAGGAAAGUUGGAUCAGAACACACAUACCAAUUUACUGUUCUGGGUCAGAGGUGGUAUCUGGCUAACUUUUCUCACGCAACAUCGUUUAACUUCACAACGAGGGAACAAGUGCCUGUAGUGUGUUUGGAUCUGUACCCUACGACUGAUUAUACGGUGAAUGUGACCCUGCUGAGAUCUCCUAAGUGGCACUCAGUGCAAAUAACAAUAGCAACUCCCCCAGCAGUAAAACAGACCAUCAGUAACAUUUCAGGAUUUAAUGAAACCUGCUUGAGAUGGAGAAGCAUCAAGACAGCUGAUAUGGAGGAGAUGUAUUUAUUCCACAUUUGGGGCCAGAGAUGGUAUCAGAAGGAAUUUGCCCAGGAAAUGACCUUUAAUAUCAGUAGCAGCAGCCGAGAUCCCGAGGUGUGCUUGGACCUGCGUCCGGGUACCAACUACAAUGUCAGUCUCCGGGCUCUGUCUUCGGAACUUCCUGUGGUCAUCUCCCUGACAACCCAGAUAACAGAGCCUCCCCUCCCGGAAGUAGAAUUUUUUACAGUGCACGGAGGACCUCUACCACGCCUCAGACUGAGGAAAGCCAAGGAGAAAAAUGGACCAAUCAGUUCAUAUCAGGUGUUAGUGCUUCCCUUGGCCCUCCAAAGCACAUUUUCUUGUGAUUCUGAAGGCGCUUCCUCCUUCUUUAGCAACGCCUCUGAUGCUGAUGGAUAUGUGGCUGCAGAACUACUGGCCAAAGAUGUUCCAGAUGAUGCCAUGGAGAUACCUAUAGGAGACAGGCUGUACUAUGGGGAAUAUUAUAAUGCACCCUUGAAAAGAGGGAGUGAUUACUGCAUUAUAUUACGAAUCACAAGUGAAUGGAAUAAGGUGAGAAGACACUCCUGUGCAGUUUGGGCUCAGGUGAAAGAUUCGUCACUCACGCUGCUGCAGAUGGCGGGUGUUGGACUGGGCUCCCUGGCUGUUGUGAUCAUUCUCGCAUUCCUCUCCUUCUCAGCGGUGUGAUGGCAGAUGGACACUGAGUGGGGAGGAUGCACUGCUGCUGGGGCAGGUGUUCUGGCAGCUUCUCAGGUGCCUGCGCAGUGGCUCCGUGUGACUUCCGUCCAGGGAGCAUGUGGGCCUGUAACUUUCUCCAUUCUCAGCUGGGCCCCAUUCCUGGAUUCAAGAUGGUGGCUAUCCCUGAGGAGUCACCCAUAAGGAGAAAACUCUGGAAUUCCGAGUCUUCCCUGCUACAGGACCAGUUCUGUGCAAUGAACUUGAGACUCCUGAUGUACACUGUGAUAUUGACCAAAGGCUACGUACAGAUCUGUGAAUCUUGGCUGGGACUUCCUCUGAGUGAUGCCUGAGGGUUAGCUCCUCUAGACAUUGACUGCAAGAGAAUCUCUGCAACCUCCUAUAUAAGCAUUUCUGUUAAUUCAUUCAGAAUCCAUUCUUUACAAUAUGCAGUGAGAUGGGCUUAAGUUUGGGCUAGAGUUUGACUUUAUGAAGGAGGUCAUUGAAAAAGAGAACAGUGACGUAGGCAAAUGUUUCAAGCACUUUAGAAACAGUACUUUUCCUAUAAUUAGUUGAUAUACUAAUGAGAAAAUAUACUAGCCUGGCCAUGCCAAUAAGUUUCCUGCUGUGUCUGUUAGGCAGCAUUGCUUUGAUGCAAUUCCUAUUGUCCUAUAUAUUCAAAAGUAAUGUCUACAUUCCAGUAAAAAUGUCCCGUAAUUAA